CACGCAGUGUCCCAGCUCCGCACCAGCAACCUCUGCUUGACUCCAGGCGUCCUCCUCCUCCCUCCCUCCCUCUCCCUCUCUCUCUCUCUCUCACACACACACACACACACACACACACACACACACACCCUCCCUCACACACACACACACGCACACCUCUCUGUCCUAAAUGGCACCCAAGAAGGAUGUAAAGAAAGCAGAGCCCAAAGCGGCUGCGGCUCCAGCUCCAGCUCCCCCACCCCCGGAACCAGUCAAGCCCAAAGAACCGGCCAUCGAUCUGUCCUCAGUCAAGAUCGAGUUCAGUGCGGAGCAGCAGGAAGACUUCAAGGAGGCAUUCCUCCUGUUUGACAGGACCGGCAAUUCCAAGAUCACCCUCAGCCAGGUUGCAGAUGUCAUGCGUGCUCUUGGCCAGAAUCCAACCAACGCUGAAGUAAAAAAGAUCCUGAACAACCCCAGCAAUGAGGAGAUGGUCAAUAAAUUCAUUGACUUUGACCAGUUCCUGCCCAUGCUCCAGACGAUGGCCAACAAUAAGGACCAGGGUUCCUAUGAAGACUUUGUUGAGGGUCUGCGUGUCUUUGACAAGGAGGGCAACGGCACUGUGAUGGGGGCUGAACUUCGCCAUGUCCUGGCCACACUGGGUGAGAAGCUGACAGAGGAACAGGUAGAACAACUACUGUCAGGUCAAGAGGAUCCCAAUGGGUGCAUUAACUAUGAGGCGUUUGUCAAACACAUCAUGUCCAUUUAAAGUGGAUCCCCAUGAAUUGGUGCAGAUGGUUCUAAAUGGUUGAACACCUGACAGGGCCAAGACAUUACAUCGUGGAACUUGUGCCUUUCUGACCAAUGCAAGCAAUCUCCUUUGUUUUGGACUGUGCAAGAAUCACAUUUUUUUACUUGUAUCUAAUGGACCGCAUUUCAAACAACAAAAUGAGGAAGAACAGAAAAAUGUUGAAAUUUGCAGUGGCAAACCUGAUGGAUAGAACUACUUAGUUUGUCCAUGAUGUUUGACACAGUUGGAAAGUGCACGUGGCUGUCAACAUCCAAUAAAGUCUGGUGGCUACUCUG